UGUGGGCACCUGGCUGUGACAGCUUGCAGAUUCACAAUUGGGUUCCCACUGUGCAUGUGUCAUCAGUCUCUGGUCAACUCUUGUACUAUGUCCACAGUCUUUGGUCAACUCCUGUACUAUGUCCCCAGUCUCUGGUCAUCUCCUGUACUUUGUCCACAGUCUCUGGUCAUCUCCUGUACUAUGUCCGCAGUCUCUGGUCAUCUCCUGUACUGUGUCCGCAGUCUCUGGUCAUCUCCUGUACUAUGUCACCAGUCUCUGGUCAUCUCCUGUACUGUGUACACAGCCUCUGGUCAUCUCCUGUACUAUGUCCACAGUCUCUGGUCAUCUCUUGUACUAUAUCCGCAGUCUCUGGUCAUCUCCUGU